AAUGAAAAGCUAUAAACCCUUGAAGGGGGUUUAAGAAUAAAAGAAGAUGCUUUUGUGAGUAGCAUCGUUUCCCAAAACCAUGUUUAUAGUGAUUCGCAGGCUUCGGCUUCCUCCCAUUUCCGUUGGGCGAUUCCAGAAUCAAGUGUGGACUCCGCCACUCCAUGCUCUCUUCUCCACUCACAUUGUCGCCGACAAACCAAUUCUGGUUCGGGAUUUCGUUCACUCUGCUUUGUACCAUCCCUUACAUGGUUACUUCUCCCAACGGCCCCGCUCCGUUGGAGUCCUUCACAGCAGCAUCAAGUUCAAUCAACUUGAAGGCAGAAAAGCUUAUAUGAGAUACUUGGAUAAUAUUUACAAGCAGAACGAUAUCUCUUGGUUUACGCCUGUGGAGAUCUUCAAGCCUUGGUAUGCCCAUGCGAUUGCUGAAGCCAUCAUGCGAACUGCAAACUUCUCUGUCCCUCUAAAAAUAUAUGAAAUUGGUGGUGGAUCAGGAACUUGUGCCAAGGGUAUAUUGGAUUACAUAAUGUUGAAUGCUCCUCCAAAAGUUUAUAACAGUAUGACUUACACCUCAGUUGAGAUUAGUCCUUCACUUGCUGAAGUGCAAAGAGAGACUGUUGGUGAAGUGCGCAGCCAUAUUCCAAAGUUCAGGGUAGAAUGUCGUGAUGCUGCUGAUCGGAGGGGAUGGGGGGAUGUGGAGAGACAACCGUGUUGGGUUAUAAUGCUUGAGGUACUUGAUAAUCUUCCACACGAUCUUGUCUAUUCAGAGAAUCAAGUUUCCCCAUGGAUGGAAGUCUGGGUUGAGAGGCAACAUGGUCGAGAAACACUUGGUGAGUUAUACAAGCCUUUGCAAGAUCCACUUAUCACACGCUGUGUUGAGAUCAUGGACAUGGAUGAGCCUAAAACAACUCGGAGCAUUGCAGUACCUACACUGAAAGGUAUUUGGUCUAAAGUUUACCCGAAACCUCGUAGAUGUUGGCUGCCAACUGGAUGUUUGAAAUUACUUGAGGUUCUGCAUGAGGUGCUACCAAAGAUGUCCUUGAUUGCUUCUGAUUUCAGCUAUCUCCCAGAUGUGAAAGUUCCCGGCGAAAGAGCUCCUUUGGUUUCAACUAAAAAAGAUGGAAGCAGCUCAGAUUAUGAGAACUAUAUGGACGCAAAGGUUUGGUUUCCCAUCAGCCUCAUCUUUCAAUCUAGUUUCUUCAUUUUCAAGCACAUCCUGAAAAUGAAGUUACAAGUGAUUAGCAAUCAUCUAAGUCACUAACUCAUAUGAUUAAAUUAAAUAAGCUGUCCCUCGAUAUUCAGUGGUUUAGAGGAAGAAGUAUAACAUUGCAAAGAACCUGUUGUAU